AUGGCCCCUCCCGGUGAUACAUCUUGUGGUUGGAGCCAGAUUGGCAAGUCGCAGCCGGAGCAGGAGCAGGCUUUGAUGAACCAGAGGAAGCAGAAGAGAAUGGUGUCGAACCGGGAGUCGGCGCGCCGGUCCAGGAUGAGGAAACAGAAGCAUUUGGAGGAUCUAACGGCUGAGGUGAGGCAGCUGAGGAAGGAGAACAGCCAGAUCCUGACCGCCCUCAGCAUCACCACGCAGCACUACGCGGAGAUGGAAGCCCAGAACGCCGUGCUCAGGGCCCAAACCAUGGAACUCGGUGCGACGCUGCAAUCCCUGAACCAGAUCCUAGUCCUACGCUGCAUGCACGGCACUGACUGGGUUUCUGACGCAUUUGGUGAGACGUCCGAUAGCUUGGCGAGGACAUGGAGCAUGGUGGGUGAGAAGCAGCCCAUUAGUACCGCCUCCUCUGACAUGUUCCACUACUGUUAG